AUGGGCGUCUCCCUAUUGAUUUAUUUGCAUGUCUCAGAUGUGAAUGUCUCAGACGUGAAUGUCUCAGAUGUGAAUGUCUCAGAUGUGAAUGUCUCAGAUGUGAAUGUCUCAGACGUGAAUGUCUCAGAUGUGAAUGUCUCAGACGUGAAUGUCUCAGAUGUGAAUGUCUCAGAUGAGAAUGUCUCAGAUGUGAAUAUCUUAGACGUGAAUGUCUCAGAUGUGAAUGUCUCAGAUGAGAAUGUCUCAGAUGAGAAUGUCUCAGAUGAGAAUGUCUCAGAUGUGAAUGUCUCAGAUGAGAAUGUCUCAGACGUGAAUGUCUCAGACGUGAAUGUCUCAGAUGAGAAUGUCUCAGAUGUGAAUGUCUCAGAUGAGAAUGUCUCAGAUGUGAAUGUCUCAGAUGUGAAUGUCUCAGACGUGAAUGUCUCAGAUGAGAAUGUCUCAGACGUGAAUGUCUCAGAUGAGAAUGUCUCAGACGUGAAUGUCCCAGAUGUGAAUGUCUCAGACGUGAAUGUCUCAGACGUGAAUGUCUCAGAUGUGAAUCGUGCUUUGUUUCAACUUCAUGGUUAA